GCUGACAGAUGGUCACAUGAUGCCUUCUAGUUUUCGAAGCCUUCAAUUCAUUGUGAUCACAAUCUGGAGUUGGUGUGACGAAGUAUGUGCUUCAUGAAUCAUCAUUGCUUGAAUCCCAUCUGGAGGCUUCAAAAUUGAAAAUCAAGAAGACUUUGUUUAAUGAAAUUAAGAUCUAGUUACAACUACAAGGUAUAAGUGAAACAUGGUCAUUUGAAGUUGGAUACAAGCAUCACCACUUUGGUUGAAGUUUUACGGAUUCAGGACACAAGUAAUACUCUGACCAGCACCUUGAUUUGUGAUAUCAAUAAACCACUGAUCCAUAUUUCAAAAUGAGUCGGAGCAGCAAGAGACUUUAUGCCAACGGACUGAAUGACUCGAUGGAUGCAUCGGGUUAUGAAUCCAGUGAGAGCCAAUCCUUGUUGGGCAGUGUCACAGUACGGACUCAUCCUGCACCGGGAGGAGAGACGUCUGUUCUUGGAGCGAUGUUUAUCGUUGUGAAUGCUUGCAUUGGGGCGGGGCUUCUCAACUUUCCCUUUGCAUACCAAACUGCUGGAGGGAUUGCCGUUAGUGCUAUCAUUCAGUUGGUGCUAGUUUGUAUAAUCUCCACCACUUUGCUGAUUUUAGCCUUGUGUUCUGAUGUGCGUCAAUCCAAAUCUUAUCAAGGUGUCAUUCAGGAGAUGUGUGGUCCCAUAGGAAGGGUUAUCUGUGAGCUGUGUAUCAUUGCAUACUGCUUUGGAACAUGCAUCACAUUCUUCAUCAUCAUAGGAGACCAGACUGAUGGAAUAUUAUCUUAUAUCUGUGGAGGUGCAGACCACUUGGUUCACUGGUAUCAAGAUAGACGCUUCACUAUAACCUGCUGGGGAGUAUUCAUUGUCCUACCUCUGUGUCUGCCUAAAACUGUUGACUUCCUCAAAUACCCUGGUUCCAUUGGAGUAUUUGCAUCACUGUACAUCUGUAUCGUAGUCAUCAUCAAUUACUUUCGGAAAGCUGGCAGCCCAAGUCCAGAUCUUGUCACUCAUCCUUCAUCCUGGACCCAAGUCUUUGCUUCAAUACCCACUAUAUGCUUUGGAUUCCAGUGUCACGUCAGUAUUGUUCCAGUCUAUUCUAGUCUUCACAAGCGCUCUCUACCUCGAUUCUCUCGUGUCAUAGUCCCUGCACUCCUGAUUAGCUGUACAGCAUACACACUCUCUGGUAUAUUUGGGUCUCUGACGUUUGGCAGCAAGGUCUGUUCAGACAUCUUACUCUCGUAUCAUGAUAAAAACAUCACAAUCAUGAUUGCCAGAGUGAUGGCUUUAACCAACAUGCUCACAACAUAUCCUAUUCUACACUUCUGUGGCAGGUUAGCCAUUGAGACAAUGUUACAAUCUUCUCUUGGUCGGACGGAUGAAGAGUGGGCCUUGAGAGAGAAACGGCGCAGGGUCAUUGAAACAGUAACAUGGUUUAGUAUCUCGCUUCUACUGGCACUCUUCAUUCCAGAUAUAGGGGUGGUCAUCUCGGUCAUUGGAGGGUUGGCUGCUGUAUUUAUAUUUGUAUUUCCAGGUCUGUGUCUAGUCCAGUUUGUCCUUCAGCACUCGGCUGCAUCCCGGAGAAAGAGAUGGUGUCUCAUUGCAUUUGGUGGAUUUCUCCUGGCUCUGGGUGUCUUCAUCUUCUCUGAGAGUUUCAUCCUAUCUAUCAUGAACGACAUCUCUGGUAACAAUAAGAGCGGGUGCUGAGAGCUCUUCUGUAUGCUCUUUAUUUCUAUGAUAUGCAGGAAAUCAAACACUUGAUAACUCCCUGUAUGGGUUUUGAAAAUCCUACAGUGUAUGCAAGUCUUCAUUAUAUGAGGAUUCAUUCUCUCUAUCAUGAACGACAUCUCCGGUAACAAUAAGAGCGGAUGCUGAGGGUUUUCCAAUUUGCUCAUUAUUAAAUCUAUGAUAUGCAGGAAAGAAAAAAAUUGACAACUUUCUCUAUGAGUUUUGAAAACCCUACACAAGCCUAAUUCUUUAUUAUAUGAGGGUUCAUUCUCUCCAUCAUGAACUUGCCCUUUAUCGAUCUAUGAUAUACAAGAAGAGUGCAAAAAACCUGAUGUCUUCCUGUGUGGACUCGUCAUUACAUCAGAGGCUUUCACCCUCUCCAUCUUGAGGAGUAUUUCUGGG